ACUGACUGUAUAAAACACACCAGCACAACACAUCCAUGACAUUUCGUCAAUAUCCAUGCAGUGUAAAACCCUAAAUGAUGACGUCAUAAUACAAGCCUCUAGAAACGCACUUCGCGAAAAAAACUUCCUUGAUUACUCCGCACACGCCCUGAAGCCUCGGCACGGCACAGUGCACUCGGCAGUCAACAUGGUUGUCUUUACCUUGUUUUCAGCAACCACCUGGACUUUGCUGGCUCUCUUCUUCACCAUCUUGAUACUGUAUGGCAUUUGGCCAUAUAGGUUUUUCAGAAAACUGGGAAUACCCGGACCAAGACCGUUGCCUUUCAUUGGAACAAUUCUAAACUUCAAAAAGGGAAUACUUUCUUUUGACCGUGAGUGCCAAGCCAUGUAUGGGGACGUCUGGGGGCUGUUUGAUGCACGGUCACCAAUUUUAAUGGUGGCAGACCCUGAGAUUAUCAAAACUGUUAUGGUGAAGGAGUGCUACUCCGUGUUUACCAACCGCAGGGAAAAUAUAAUUUCAGGACCUUUGUCUGAUGCAAUUACAACAGUUAAAGAUGAAAGGUGGAAAAGAAUACGGAGCACUUUGUCACCGUGCUUCACCAGCGGAAGACUGAAACAGAUUUUUCCGAUUGUUGUUCGCUAUGCAGACCAACUCACAAAAAAACUGGGACAAACCAAUUUGGAUGAACCUGUCGAUGUCAAACAAUUCAUGGCACCUUAUAGUUUAGAUGUUGUGACCAGUGCAUCUUUCAGUGUUGAAGCAAACUCCAUAAACAAUCCAGAUGACCCACUUAAUCUUCAUCUCAAGAAGAUUCUCAACUUCAGACUGUGGCAUGUUAUUUUCCUAAUGAUAUUUCCCUUUGGUGCCAGCCUGAUGAAGCUCCUAAAAAUUGACAUUAUGCCCAGACUAAGUGUGGAUUUUUUUUACAACAUCAUCAAGAGAUUCAAAGACAAGCAUCGUGAAGAGAAAUCUAAUCAAGCAGACUUCCUGGAGGUGAUGGUUCAGAAUGAGAUUCCAGAAACAGAGAUAAAGAGUGAACACGAUCAGCCAAGUAAAGGUUUGACUGAACACGAGAUCCUCUCCCAGGCCUUGAUCUUCAUCUUUGGUGGCUACGAAACCACCUCUGUCACUCUCACGUACAUCCUUUACAAUCUGGCCACCAACCCUAAAGCGCUGCAGAUCCUGCAUCAAGAAAUCGAUGCCAGCCUAUCGAGAGAUGCUCCCGUUACAUACGAGGAUCUGAUUGGUCUUCAGUACCUAGACCAGGUUAUUUGUGAGUCCCUGCGUUUGAUUCCCACUGCACCUCGGCUUGAGCGAAUAUGCAAAAAAACAGUCACGAUCCACGGCCUCACCAUCCCUGAAGGAACAAUAGUUGGGAUUCCUGCGCACAUGUUACACAUGGAUCCACGCUUUUGGAGCUCACCUGAGCAUUUCAGACCAGAGAGGUUCAGUAAAGACAAUGGGGACGAGGUGAACCCGUGCACGUACAUGCCGUUUGGGCUCGGUCCUCGUAACUGUGUCGGGAUGCGCUAUGCUGUCCUCACCGUGAAGAUGGUUCUUGUCAGUCUCCUGCAGAGUUACACGUUGGAAACAUGCAAAGACACUGUGAUUCCGUUGGAGAUGGACUGGAUGUUUCGGCCCAAACAGCCAAUAAAACUCAAGUUUGCUCCCAGACAACAGUAGUCCAGAGAGAGCCUCUCAAAAUAUACCUUGCCUCUAUUAUAAGAUAAUUCCAAUCAAACUCAGAUAUGUUUUAAAAUACUGACAAGUUGAGAUUUAAAGUUUUGUCAAGUGUUUAUACUACUGACACUCAUAUACUCAGUACUUAACUCAACGCACCUUGAUUAGCUGAUUUCUCUUGCAAUGUUAAUGAAUCUAUCAUAUUUCAUUCACUUCUCUGCUUUUAUACAUUUUCUUGAAUGUUUAUUUUUACUAUAACUUGAUGUUAAAAAGCACA